CUCGUCAUCGUAACAGUGUAGUUGAGUCAGUUGAGUGUAGUGGUCAUAGUCAGUGGUAGUGGUGUAAUAAUUUGCAAGUACCGUGUUCUUAUAUGUAAUAUUUUUACAUUGAAUUGGAGUAUUUUGCAUAAUAUCGGAUCUCCGUGGAUAAAAAAAACCUUAGGUAAUUAAUUAAAGUCUGGGUCUUGAAUUUGCUUUUAUGGGUAGUAUAUUUAUUACUUGAUAUAAGUAUAAUAUAUUUUACAUAACCUAACUUUUUUAAUUUGCAUUUUGUUCGCGCGUAUACUUGAAACGUGAGAGAUGGUGAGACGGUGAAAUGAAGUAUUGAGACUGAGAUGGUUUAGGCGACUGCCCGGCAAAGAAGACGCGAGUCAACGCGAGGACGGUGUUUCAGGGUGCCGUCAUAUGGGGCAUAACUUGCGAAGUGACUCAGAAUUUACUCCGGAAAAGUAUAUCAUAAUGAAUAAUUCUGAUCUAAUAUUGUUAAUAAUACGAAAGUGAUGGCAAAAGUGGAAGAAGAUAAAGCAAACACUUUAACAACAAAGAGUUAGACGACGUUACAUAUUGCGAUUGUUUGCAAUAUGGAAACUAAUGAUAUCUCAAGAGAAAGAAGAGCGUCAUAGAAUAUGGGUACGCCCAAUAUUCUCAGAAAGACAAAGAUUGUUACAAGGUGACAGUGACAAUCUGGUUAAUGAAAUGGAAAUUGUAGAUCAUGAAAUGUUCUACAAUUAUUAUAGAAUGUUUACAGAGAUGUUCGAUCAGUUAUUAGAUAUUGUUGGGCCACGCAUUGCAAAACAGAAUGUCAUUUGAGAGCCAAUACCAGCCUGUACCCGGCUUUUAAUAUGUCUGCGUUAUAUUUAGCCUCUGGAGACAGUAUGAGUUCAACAGCUUUUUCUUUUCGAAUUGGAAUAAACACUGUCUCAAAGAUUAUUUCAGAGACAUGUGAGGAAUUGUGGAACAUUCUUCACAAAUCAGUUUUUCCUGAAAUAAACGAAAAGACUUGGUUAAAAAUUGCGAAUGAUUUUGCGAUAAAGUGGGAUUUUCCGCAUUGCGUAGGGGCGAUAGACGGAAAACAAGUACAAAUUCAGUUACCUCCUCAUAGUGGUUCAACUUUUUAUAACUACAAGAGCAAUCAUAGUUUUAAUUUAUUAGCAGUUUGUGAUGCCAAUUAUUGUUUCACAUUAGUUGACAUUGGUGCGGAAGGCAGACAGAGCGACAGUGGAAUUUUUGCACAUUCAAAUUUUGGUCAACGAUUCGAAAGAAACCAAAUGAAUUUACCACAACCAAGAUCAAUCGAAGCUUCUGGGGCUGAAUUACCGUUUGUGUUAGUAGCGGAUGAGGCAUUCGCUUUGAGGCUGACUCAUUACAUGAUGCAACCAUAUCCACGAAGCGGACGUUUAAAUCGUCAAAGAAAGGAAAUUGUAGAAUAAUAUUGCCAAAUAUUGGUAAAUUAGAACUUCUGGUUUAACGGCUACUACCAAGAUCCUAAAGUAUAAAGGAAAUUGUUGAAUAAUAUUGCCAAACAUUGGAAACAAUACGAGAGCAUGCAUUUCAUACUUUAUUGUUGACAGACCUCGCAGAUUUUAUUUUAUAAGUUCUCUUAAAGAGGUAUAUGGUGUUAGUUUUAUAAACAUAUAUAAAAUAUUUUAGAUAUUUGCAGAUAUUGCUAAUUGAAAAAAAUCAUUUACUUACAUUUAAAUUAAAAUUUUAGAAUAUACAAUCUCUAAUUAAUAUAGAC